AUGAAUUCCCUGUCUACCAUCGCGAAUCAAGAUGCCAAGGGGCUACAGGUUGACCACCUCGAAACAGCAGGCAUGACUCAGCACCUAGAGAAACCUGUCGAGACUGAUCGCAUUCCCGAAGCUCUGGGAAGGGAGCAGGCCGAACUGCCUAAAGGGUACUUUUACAGCCCAUACUUCAUCGGAAGAUCCGGAUCGAGCGACAUUAACUGGGUCGGAAUUGUGUAUUCCUUGACCCAGGCGAUCGUGCUCAUGCUGGCUGGCCGUCUGAGUGACCUGUUUGGCCGCCGCUGGUUCUUCGUUAUCGGGUCGAUCAUCGGGCUGGUGGGCAGUAUCGUCGGUGCGAGAGCCGCCUCUAUUGGGCAGCUCAUCGCAGGUGAAACUCUCAUUGGGGUUGCCGCGGGGUUUCAAUGCUCUUUCUUCUGGGUCGUGUCCGAGAUUGUGCCCAUGAAAAGGCGCUUCAUUGCCAACGCCGGACUGUUUCUGUGGACCUUGCCAACGAAUAUCCUCGGACCGAAGAUUGCUAUCACCAUCCAGCAUAACACUGCAGUACAAUGGCGCGGAUGCUUCUACUACCUGAUUGGUUUGAACGCUCUGUCGGUAGCGCUGUGGUUCUUCUUCUACCACCCGCCAUCAUUCCACAUGCUACACCGCCACAAAACUGUCAAACAGAUGCUUCGCGAGUUUGACUUCGUUGGUCUUGUAUUGUUUUCCGCCGGCAUGACCCUCUUCCUAAUUGGGUUAAACUGGGGUGGCUCGAUCUAUCCUUGGAAGAGCGGACAGGUUUUGGGAACCCUUCUCUCCGGGGUCGUCAUUCUCGCCAUCUGUAUAGCUUACGAGUUGAAAUCCUCAAUGAAAGAACCCUACCUUCCGAUUCAAUUCUUCAAAAACGUCAAGUACACUUCCUGCGUGGUAUGGUGUGCAAUUGAAGCCAUGAACUUUUACGCCUUUGGCAUUAUCUGGCCCAGAGCCGUCGCCAUCCUUUACCCCGGUCUUAGUCAAUCGAGUACCGCGACCAUGUCGGGGCUGGUAACCAUGUCAUUUGCGCUAGGUCAGAUGGCGGGUCCCUUUUUCGCAAACUGGCUACCAGCCAAACCACUAGUCAUCGUGGGCACAUUCAUCGGCACUGGGCUGCUCGCAGCCUGCGCAGCCAACCCCCUGAACCUAGACUUAACGGUGGGCGUACUCGUCACGGGUAACCUCGUGAUUGGCAUGGCGGAUGGAAUUGGUCUGCCCAUGACGACUUUCCCAAUUAAAAACCAGGAAGCAUUGGGCACCGCCGGCGGGUUGAGUGGAUGUAUUCGGCUAGCGGGCACCUCCGUUGCUGUAGCAAUGUAUAAUACUAUCCUGAACAAUCGCCUGUUGCAGACGGUUCCCGCCGCCGUCGCUCCAGUGGCGCUGUCGGCAGGCGUGCCCGAAUCCUUCAUCCCCCAGCUCAUCACAAACUUGACAAGAGGCAACCUGGGAGCGUUGAAAGGCGGGACCGUUCCCGGUCUGACUGCCGGGGGCAUCCCGCUGAUUGAAGCUGCAUAUCGACUAGGAAACUCUCAGGCGUACAGUACCGUCUUUCUCUCCACGUUGGGCUUCGGCGGUGUGGCGCUGAUUCUGUGCUUUUUCAUCGGUGGUGUCGAUGAGAGCAAUGGGGAAUACGUCGCAGCCCUCAUUCAACAUGGGGAUGGAAGCGACCCACAGACGGAAAAAGUGUAG